ACCAACACCCCCUGGCCCACUACCACCACCCCCUGGCCCACUACAACCACCCCCUGGCCCACUACAACCACCCCCUUGCCUACUACCACCACCACCACCACUACCACCACCACCCCAGGAAGCCUGUAUCCCUCCACUGCUCCCCUCAGCAAACUCCCUCUACAUUUCUCUCUUCUGGUGGACUCUAGUGUUCCGUCCUGCGAUGAGGGUAUGUACCUGCCCAGGUUCGUGCAGCCGACACCACACAACGGAGAACAUCUCCACGCCGAGGUCAACAAAGAGCUGGAGUUCAGGGUCAAGGCCGAGGCUACACACUCAACGAUUAAUGAUGUCAUCGUCAGUGGACCUCUGAACAUCACCAAUCACAUGACUACCCAGGGGGAGUUUGUCAUCCGGUGGACACCCAUCCGGGACAAUCUGGGGGAGUAUUUCCCCAUUUGCUUCAUCACUGAGGGGAUUUCUGGAUCUAGUGUCUAUCAGUCUGAGAUGAGAUGUGUUGUGGUGGAGGUCGGACGCAAAAAGGUCAAAGCCAAGGUGGUGUGUGACGAGACCAAGAUGACGGUAGAAGUGGAGAAGUCCUCUGUUACUGAAAUUCACGAGGACCACCUCCGCCUCAACGAUCCCAGUAACUCUGCCUGCGACCUGCAACGCCUCUCUAACAGCACCCACAUCAUUGGAGUCAUCCCCCUCAAUGCCUGUGGCACUCAGAUAGAGGAGGACGACGACAACCUCAUCUUCAAGAACCAAAUCACCACCUUCGACAACCCCAACGACAUCAUCACCAGGCACCACCAGGUGGAGUUCCAGUUCUACUGCCAGUACGCCAAACGUGGCAACGUGUCCCUGGGCUUCACUGCACACAGAGACAGCAUCACGGUGGUGGAGAAAGGCUUCGGCACGUUCACCUACCAGUUUGAGUUCUACCAGACCAGCCAGUUCGCCAACAUGGUGGAUCCCCGUGACUACCCGUUAGACGUGGAGGUGAAGCAGAUGAUCUACAUGGACAUCGAGGCCGUGUCCACUGUGAACAACACUGAGCUCUUCGUGGAGUCCUGCAGAGCGGCGCCGUACGACAACCCCGACUACCAUCCCACCUACCCCAUCAUAGAAAGCGGGUGCAUUGUGGAUGAGACGGUUCAAAUCUUCUCACCGCGUCACCAGAGGCAUUUCCAGUUCGGAAUGGAAGCUUUCAAAUUCAUCGGAAUGCAUGACCAGGUGUACAUCAGCUGUUCAGUGAUCCUGUGUGAGGCUGGGAACCCCAAUACCCGGUGUGCCCAGGGCUGCGUCAACUCCACCUCCCCCCAGCCUGCUGGUCACCACCACCACCGCAAGAGAGAGGCCGCCAUGCAAACGGCCAAACACCACAUCUCCCAGGGUCCUUUGCGCCUGAGAAAGAGUUCAGAGAGCUCAGUGACCAACGUGAACAUGGGGUUGAUGGUUGGGUGUAUCGUAGCAGCCGUUGCCAUGCUGUGCGGAGUGAUGCUCUACAAGUCCAAAACAUCAGGCAUUAAAUACCAGCCCCUGACAACAUUUGAGACUUAGUCCCAUGGCAACCAUCUUUUCACAUAGAGUCUGCAUUAUAGAAAGAAGGAUGGUGGGAAAUAUUGAACAUUUGAAAAGUGGUCUCUGUCUUUAACGAUGAAAUGUCUCUUGAGAUCAAUACAAGAAUAUGCAUUAAUCCGUAAACGUACUUAGCGGUGACUCCGAUUAUAACAAU